GGUGUUUACUAAGGUUCUCCAUUGACAUUUUGUGGGAAUUUCGAACUAAUCAAUUUUGAAACAUUGGCGAGAAACUCAAUACCACACAUAAGAUAUUACAUUUUAGUAUUAGAAUUAUUAUAAAUGGAAAUUUUAUUGAAAUGGUCUAAGCUUUAAAGUUUAAAUAUUAAAAUGUAAAUCAAUCCGUUGCUAUCUUAGCUGUUAAUUGAUAUCAACAAUUUUGGUUAAUCACAAGGUGGAUCAGUCAUGUUAUCAGUGAAUGAGUGUACACAGAUGAAUAAUAUAAUUUAUUAUCUAAUAUCUACACAAAAGCAUUAUUGUUCCGAUCGAGGCAUUCAAAAUAAUAAAUAAAUCAUUAUAAUUAUAAUUUAUAACACUUUUGUUACUUUAAUUACUAGUGUUUAGAAAUAACUCGUUAAAAUUGGCGAUAGUAGUGAUUAGUUUUUGUGAUGUUAGUAGAUUAUAGAAAGAAUAAAGUCCGUUGACCGUUUAGAACUAUUGCAUGAACUUUUGUUUAACCUACUUGUUGGCAGGUUAUUCAUGAAUAAAUUAUAAAUUUGUUCGUUUUUAGUUAUUAACGUAAAUUGAUUUUUCCUGAAUUCUUUACGCACAACAAAAUGUCUUGGUUGAACACUCUGAAAGAUUUUUUUACGCCCGAAAACAACCCCAACAAAGUAGUCGAAGUGAAGUCCGAUAAGUAUUCUAGUCGAAAUAUACAUUGUCGUCAUCACGGAAUGAUUUUGUACGCAUUGGACAGCAAUAAUGUCACUGAAAUUGUGUUACAUUUAGAAAGCUUAACUACUUCGUUCAGUUUGUACAGAGGACGAACCAUAGAAGACGCAGAAGUACGGUUUUGUAUAUUCAAAGACAAGUUGCCAGAUCUUCUUAAUAUAUCAAAAGAUGGUUAUAAUCUAUCUUUAAUUCAAGGAUUAUGUGACACACUCAUUCAACAUCCGACAUGGACCAUUGCUCAUUUGGCUGUGCAUUUAUCAAUGAACGACAUAUUUUCUCACCCGCAAAUAGCUCCAUUUUUAAAUACGCCAGACCCAGAGAGUGGUAUGUCUCCACUUCAGUUGGCUAUCUACAACAAUUCUAUAUCUGUUGUCAAGGCGUUAAUUCAGCUAGACGUAUCGUUGGAUUAUUUGGACAACGAAGCUAAUUCAGUAUUUCAUUAUGCUGCUAAGUCCAGUUGCGAUAUUAUUCAGGUGCUGUCAAAGGUGAACACUAAUUGUUUAAACUAUAGAAAUAUCAAUGGAUUCACACCACUGCAUUUGGCCUGUCAAGCAGACAAACCGGAAUGCGUCAAAGGAUUAUUGGUAUGUGGAGCCGAUGUUAACAUACCCGCUGGAGCUCCUAUGUCUGAAAACAAAUUACCUGGUAUUGUCAAAGAAUAUUUACAAGAUAACCAUAAAAAGUUAUUUGUCGAGGAUAUGAAAUUCGGUGGCACACCUUUACAUUGGUCGAGUUCUCGUGAAGUAAUCGACAGCUUGAUCUCAAACAACUGUGACUUAAAUGCUUUAAAUUUUGAUAAACGCACAGCUCUUCACAUAAUGGUUUUAAGAAAUCGAUUUGAUUGUGUUAUGGGACUUUUAUGUCACGGAGCCAACUUAAAUAUAGCUGAUGGCGAAGGUAAUACACCUCUUCAUUUGGCCGUCAAAAACAAUUUAAUUCCUAUAAUUCACGCUCUUAUUGUUUUCGAAGCCGAUGUAAAUUAUAUAAACAAUUUAGGGUUAACUGCAAGACAUAUUGCCGCUACUAACAAUGGCCCUGAUAAGGUUUCAGAUAAAAUUGUGUACAUUUUGCAUGCUGUAGGGGCCAACCGUUGCACCGUACGUAAUAUCAACUCGACAGACACAAGUUGCGCCAAAGGUUGUGUUUGGAACCAACAGUAUAAUGGAUUACCGCCUCAGAAACCCAUUUCAAUGCCCGUAAGGUCUAUCGUGUCAGUAAUGGAAGAAGUCAUGGAGGAGAGAACUAAUUUGAAUUGUAACGUCAAAGGCGGUCGUGUAUUAUGUCUGGAUGGUGGUGGCAUAAGAGGACUUGUACUGAUAUCGAUUUUACUCCAUAUUGAAAAUACUACUAAUGUUCCUAUAAUUCACUGUUUCGAUUGGUUGGCUGGUACGAGUACCGGUGGUAUUUUAGCUUUGGGACUGGCAUGUGGAAAAUCUUUGACCGAGUGUUUGUGUUUGUAUUUUCGACUAAAACAACAGGUUUUCCAAGGUAGUAAGCCGUACUCAAGUGAAAUCUUAGAAAAUAUGCUACAAGAAACAUUGGGAUCCAAAACUCUAAUGAGCGAUAUAAAACAUCCUAAACUGCUCGUCACUGGUUUGUUGGCGGACAGGAAACCGGUUGAUUUGCAUAUAUUUCGUAAUUAUAAGUCGCCCAGCGAUAUGUUAAACUUGGACAUUCCCUGUGAUUAUCCGCCGCCGCCACCUCCUACUGAACAACUAGCAUGGAAAGCCGCCAGAGCCAGUGGCGCUGCACCUUCAUAUUUCAGGAUGUUUGGACGUUUCUUGGACGGAGGAUUGAUCUCAAACAACCCUACGUUAGAUACCCUGACAGAAAUAGAAGAAUAUAAUUUGGCGUUGUACAAAACAAACAGAGCCAAUGAAAUGUGUGAUCCGUCAGUUGUAGUGUCCGUAGGAACCGGUUCCAUUCCAGUGACCGAAGUGAAAAAUCUCGACAUAUUCAAACCGAGUAGCGUAAGCGAUAGUUUGCGUUUGGUCUUCGGGUUCUCCGCAUUGGGUCUGUUACUUAUUGAUCAAGCAACACAGUCGGACGGUCGUGUUGUUGAUAGAGCCAGGGCGUGGUGUUAUAAAACAAAAACGGCGUUUUUCAGGUUUUGUCCUCAACUUUCCGAAGACAUAGCCAUGGACGAGAAGGACGACAUGAAAUUAGUAAAGGUUUUAUGGGAAACCAAAGCCGACAUGGUGAAAAACCACUGCAAAGUGAUUAACCUGGCACAGUUAUUAAAAUAAUAGCAAAAAAAAAAAAAAAA